UCAUUUUAAAGAUACUAAAGAAAGAUAUUAUAAGAGAAAAUAUUUAUUUAAAAAAAAAUGAAUUAUAAAAUCCUACAAGUACAAGAAUUAUUUAAUAAAAAUCAAAUAGAAAAACUAACUAUAAAAUUAGUGAUAUUCCUUUUUUUAAACCUAAGAAAAUAAAAAUGUAAAAGUACUCUUAUUAUUUUCAUAUAAAUAACUAACUUUCAUUUUUAACAGAUAAAUGUAUGCUACAAAAAUACAAACCAAAUUAAUAUUAUUUUCACAUCUAUUUAGGUUUAAGAUUCCUCAUAUUAUUUUAACAAAAAUAGCAUUGACAAGAAAAAUAUUAUCUGAGUAUUUUCUUUUAAUUUUUUUAAACAGCUCAAUUUUUUUAUCAUCCUUAUUACAUCUUAUGAUGCUAACACAAGUUUUUUAAAUUUUGAUGUUUUUAUCGUACAUAAGUAUGUGUAAGUAUGAGGAAUAUAUGUUUGUAUGUAUAAGACACAAUAUAUAAUUAACUAAAGAUAAUUUUUUUAAUUCGAAAUAUAUUAGUUUUAUAAAAAUCUUAAAAAACAAGAAAAAAUUAUAGUUGGAAUUUUCCUUUUUAAUUUUUUUAAAGUAACUUAUAUCUUAUAAAUAACUAACUAUUCUUUUUAAUAGAUAAUUUUGUGUUAAAAAUUUAUAAACCAAAAAUUACUUCAAAUAUUUCACAUGAUAUGAUUGUGUCAUUUGUACAAAAAGAAACAUUGUGUAUGUAUUAAUAAAAAUCUAUCAUUAUGUGAAAAUAACUUUUUCCUCUUUUAAUCUUAACCAAAUAAGAUUGUGUUUUCCUUUUAAAUCAUAACCAAAUAGAAUUGUAAAAGUAAUUUUUACUUAAAAAAUUUAAUGAUAAAUAUGAUAAUGAAAAUAUUUAAUUAAAAAUAUUAGUGAUGUUGAGAAAAGGAAUUUUGAAAAUAAUAUGAUAAUGAAAAUAUUUAAUUAAAAAUAUUAGUGAUAUUGGGGAAACGAAUUUUCAAAAUAGAAAGUUUUUAAAAUAGUUAAUAUUUGCUGGAAAUAAUUAUUUGAUAGUAUUUUUAUUUUCUAAAUCCUAGAAAAAAAUAAUUAUACAAGAUUAUGUAAUUUUAAUUUUCUUUUAUAAAACCAAAAAACUGUAAUAAAAUAUUUGAUAGGUUUUUUCCUUAAAAAAGAAAAUCCGAAAAAAAAAGAGAUUUGUGUCAUAUUUUUUAAUUCCUAACCAAAAGAGAAUUGUAAGAAGUUAUUUGAUAGUGUAGAAAAUUUGAUGACGAACAUGAUACUAAAAAUUAUUUAAUUAAAAAUGAAGUGUAAAAAUAGUAUUGAUAUGAACUGUAAAAAUCAUAAUUUAAAAUUAUUUAAUAGUAACUAGAAAUAAUUAUUUGAUAGCAAUAAUAAUUUUCUGAAAUUCUAAACAGAAGAUAAUUGUAAAAGUUUAUAUGAUAAUACUUUUCCUUUUCUAUAAUACUAACCAAAAAUAUAAAAAAUUAUUGGAUAGUUUUUCUUUUUUUAAUUGUAAAUAAAAACAAGAUUUAUAAAAUAGAUUUUUUUUCCUUUAAAAAAAAAAUCCUAACAAAAGUAAACAUACGUAUUUAAUAGUAUUUAAAAAAAUAAUUUGAUGACAAGUAUGAUGAUAAAGCUAUUAAAUUAACAAAAAUCAAAAUUUAGGAUUUUGUCAUGAUUGGUAUUUAUGUGUUUGGUUAUACGAAAAUCAAACACAUGUUUGAUAUAUACAUUUCCAUGUUUGCUCAUAUAAAAUUAAUAUUAUUAUUGUCACCGUACAUAUGUUUAGUCAAAAACAAAUCAAGCUUCAUCGUUAUCUUAUUACAUUUUUUUUUUAUUUUUACUAUGUAGUAGUUUAUAAUUCAUUUUAAUUAAAAUAUUAUUAUGAAAAUAUAUCAUUAAUAAAUCUUGAAUCAAGAAAAUUAUUUAACAUCAGAGAAGUUUAAUAAAACAUUAAAUUAGUACAUAAGAAAGUAUAUAAUGUUGUCAUUGCUUCUUGGUCUUAUUUAACUUCCAAAUUCCUUUUAUUUCAUUAUAAUUAUUAUUUCGGGUUGGAUCCGGUUUAAAUUUUUACGUUUGGAUGUUUUCUAUUGAUUGAACUGCUAAGGUGAUAAAUUGACGUCAUUCACAGAGUUAGUACUUAUUGAUUGCAUUCUAGAGUAGCUAACUACGAUAAUGAUUUAGGAGUUGACAACUACGAGAGUAUACUCAUACCUUAUAGCAAUAUUUUUGAGCAAAGUUGUUAGACACGAGCGAUUACUUGCUGGCCUAACCAAUUUAGUGAACUUAUUGAUCAAAGCUUAAAGCUUGUUUGGAAGAGUAUCAAUUGACACUAUAUAUGUGCAUCGAUCGAUAUCGAUUUGAGUGUGACACGCAAGAGCGUGGACAUAGAAUUUCAACACGUAGACUCACAGCGAGAGCUGGAUAUAUUACGUUAGAAUUUGAGUUUUAGGAUUGAUUAUUCACAUGCACAUAGCAACUAGAUUAUAAUUUGGAUUACCUAACCUGAAAGUCUAACUUCUAUCUUAUCUGUGAACACACAUCUCAUCUAUCUUUUCUACUGCUUAUUAAUAUUAACUGUCUUAACAUAUCUUUUCCUAGCUUGAUAUCACUAUUCAGCUGAUCUACUGUGUCCCCCCACUCCCAGUGGAUUCGAUCCACAAGUGCUAGAUUCGAUACCAGAAGCAGUAAGGAAAACGAUCUCUCCCUGGUGCAUGUCCAACAACACCGGAAGCCGUAAUGAAAUAAAUCUCUUACAACCAUCAGACCCUUGUCAACUCGAGCGUACAAUCCGCAAAGGAAAGCGAUCAUCAUCGAUCGAUAAAACAACUCCGCCGAUCGACACUACUCGUAGGCAAACAAUGAUCGACACUUUUUCAGAAGCAUUGAUCAAUACAAGCCCGCAAGUUAACAACAUGGUCACACCUCUAGUAUUAACCCGAUAUGAGAAUGGAGCCUUGCGUAACCCAGAGGAUUCACCUAUGUAACACAACAGGUCGAAGGAUAUAUGAUAAGGGGGCUAGAAUCCCUGAUCCAGAAGCAGAAGCUUGUAUGAAGUUGAGAAUGCUGCAGCUAAUGUGAGGCUACUCGACCCAGAAAGUUGGCUGACUACAAUCUUCCAGAUCAAUUUUAUGCCAACAGAUAUGCAAUUCGUCCCCUGCUUUCCAAAGGUACGAUUUCGAGUUCAAGCCUGCUUACUUCACUCUUGUGGGACAAGCGCCAUUCCAUGGUCUCUCACAUGAGCACCCAAUGGAUCAGUUGGAGCAAUUCGAGGAUCUAGUAUCUGCUAAUAAAGUCAAUGGAGUCCAUGAAGACUAUUUGUUAUGUAAGCUCUCCAAGUUCUCAUUUGCUGGAGAUGCUUCAUAUUUGCUUAAGAAGCUGGAACCAGGAUCUCUUACAUCCUGGACUGACAUAAAAAUGCAUUCAUGCGUAACUUCUUUGAUGAUGCGUGAUAUACCAUGGAUUUGACUCAUUUUCACCCAUGGUAUAUAAGUAUUUCACUAUCUAUAUACUAUAUAUUCUAUCCUAUUAAGUAUGUUUUCAGGUUCAGAAGUAUCUUGGAGUAAAGUGAUGAUUAUGGAGCAUUUAGGAGCUUAAAUGAGUAUUCAUCCAAGCUGACCAUUAGAGGUCGAUACGAAGAAGACACAAUCGAUCGAUGCACAAGCAGUGUCAUCGAUCGAUACACAUGCAGUGUCGUCGAUCGAUACAGAAGAGGAGCCUCGAGAUUGAAGAUUAAGAUCGAUCGAUGUACAUCCUGUACCAUCGCUUAAUGCCGAGACGCGGAAGCACGACUUGGUUCCAGCUGACUAUAAAUCCAAGACUUCACCAAAUUACAAGAUUACCCCUGACGAGUUUUUAACCUAAUAGAUAUAUACUUGCUUAAGUGUUAGGAGGCAAGAGAGCUUUAAGCUACCUUUGUAUUCUUAUUUUCAGCAGAGAGUUUUAGGAGAGAAGAUCAUAGAGAGAUUUGUGAUUGGAACUCCAUUGAUUCAUCUAUUCUAGUCUAUGCAUUUUUAUUUACAUUUUGUGUCAUGAAUUGCUUAGCUAUGUCUGAGUAGUUUACUUGUUAGAUUCAGGGUUCAAAUAGGUUUGAGGGAUUAGCCCCAACUAUAGAUUGCUAAGUUGUGGUAUUCAUUGAUUGAUUGUUAUUAAUGCUUGUUCUAGAUUAUCUACCUAGAAUAUUGAAUCUAGGAAUCUGCAUGAGUAAAGCAUCCUUGACCAUCCAGUCCUGAAUUUAAUCUGUCAUACUAGACAACUGGAAAAAGGCUACCGUUGAACUAGAAAGCUAGUGAGCAUUAUCAACUUACGCCUAAGGCUUAACUAGAAGCAUCGAUCAAUACUAUCUUUUGACAAUCGAUCGAUAUUUGUGAAAGGUGUAUCGAUCGAUAUCCCUAUAGGACCAUCGAUCGACACUUUCUCGUGAUCAAUAUACGACAGUUGAGAUCCAAGAUCUAGUUAGUUAAUCAGUGAAACAUUGCCAUCGUUGAUCACUGUGUCUAAGGGGUUGAGCUCUAAUAUAUCAUGCAUGCAACUGAUACGCAUCUAUAGGAUUAUAAUCUCCAAUACCUGAAUAGAAACCCUGCAUCUAAUACAUUUCUAAUAAGUUACACCCCCAAAUCAUCUUGUUAGUCGAGCAAUAGACUUGCUCAAUUAGGAUUGCUAUUUACUUUAAAACCAUAAAACAACAAACACUUAGAAUUAAUAAAUUACUAGAUUUAAUAGGUUCCCUAGCUCUUUGUGGAUUCGAUCCCUAAGUACUACAAUUGAACCUCUUAUUUGAGAGAGUAAUUCACUGCUUAGGGUAAUUGUGGUAUCAAAUUUGGCGCCGUUUCCGGGGAGCUUUGAUCGCCAUUAGAUUUAGUGUUAUUAAUUCUUUUCUUUUUCUUUACCCCCAUUCUGACACAAAAUUUUUUUCUUCUCUUUUCACGUGCAUGCCCAGCAGUACCAAAAGUAACAAGGAAAAACACCUGCUAUUCUCAGAAGAUCCUGCUCACCUCGAAUGCACGAUCCGCAAAGGUCAACUUAUCACAUCGAUCGACGCAGCAGCUUUAACGUCGACUGAUUCUCGCACCAACCCAUCGACCGAUACCCGACCUUCAUCGUCGAUCGAUAUACCUCGUUCGACAUCGAUUGAUCCUACACCGCUUACAUCGAUCGAUCCUCAGUCGCGGAACAUGGUUGCGACUGUUAUUCUCAGAAAAGGAUGAGAAUGGAAACCUGUAUGACCAGGAUGGUCAUUCGCGUAAUACAACAGGUCAGAAACUAGACACUUAGGGGAAUGUAAUCCCUGAUGCUGAUACUACACGAGCUGCUUAACCUGUAGAAGAUGCUGCUCCACCAAAGGCACUGGCCGACUGCAAUCGUCCAGACGAGUACUACACCAACAGAUCACCUAUUCGCCUUCCAGAGAUUCAGAAGGAGAAUUUUGAGCUGAAGCCUCAGUACUAUACACUCGUGUCGCAGCUAUCCUCUCUGGGUUAUCGCACGAGCAUCCUAUGGAUCAUCUGGAGAGGUUCGAGGAUCUUAUCGCUGCUAUUCGUAUGGAUGGAGUCCCUGAGGACUACCUAUUGGUCAUGCUCUUCAAGUAUACUCUAACUGGAGAAGCGAUGCACUGGCUUAAGUAGCUACCCACAUGAUCUCUAAAAUCCUGGGCCGACAUCAAGAAUGCUUUCUUGCAAAAAUUCUUUGAUGAGGCAUGCGCUGAAGACUUGAGGAGCAAAAUUGCUACGUUCGCGCAUGAGACUGGAGAGUCUUUUAAAGAUGCGUGGAUCAGAUUCAAGUUCUUCCAGCGAGACUGUCUACACUAUAGAUUCAAUGAAGUGCAACUGCUAAGCACUUUCUUCACAGGUAUCGCCUUGAGGUAUCAAAUGGCUCUUGAUACAGCUAGCGAGGGAAAGUUCAACACCAGGAAUCCGGUGGAGGCUACGAGACUGAUAGAAAAUCUAGCAAACAGCAGCAGCACCAAGAACACUAACUUUGAGAGGAAGAAGUUUGUUGCAUCCCUAGGAAAGGAACAGAGGGACGAAGUUAGAGCAAAGUUAGAUGUGGUUCAUGAGCUUCUUAGGAAGCAUGUCUAUUCAGCUGAAGGAGAAGUAGUUGUAGAAAUGGAAGGAGAAGAGGAUGUGAACUACAUUGGAGGUACUGGAUUUCAGAGAUCUGGAAACCAGGGUGGAAACAUAAACUUCUAUGGCAAUGGUCAGAGGAGUAACCAGAGUUCACAGUUCCAGAAACCUUUCAGCAACAACAGCUGAGGCUAUGGAAACUCAUACUACCAGAAUCCACCACCACAGACUCAGGAAAACAAGAUUGAUGCACUACUUGACAGAGUUCUGGAAGGACAACAGCAACUAACUGUGGACUUCAAUGGAAAGAUAGAUUCUACCUACAACAGUCUGAACACAAGAAUUGAGACCUUAGGAACUCAAGUGAGGAAGCUUGAAAUGCAAGUGGCUCAGACUGGAGACACUGUACAGAGGCAAGAAGCCUUGGCUAGAGAGGUAGGAGUUGAGAAAGCAAAACACCACGUGAAUGCCAUCCUAGAUGAUGAUUUCAGGCAAGUGGUGAAGCAUGAGAAGCUUGGAGAAGGAGACUUCGAAGUCGAAAGCUCCAUGAGUUUGCGGAUCACACUGGUCUCGACCGAUGUCAACGGAUGCAUAUCGCUCGACAGACCAAGACAAAGAUCGAUCGACGGAUUACUCUAGACAUCGAUCGACGUCAUCUGCUGAAUCGAUUGCGGAGUGUAGUGCAGUUCAAAUCAUGACUUAUGAGGAAUUUGCAGAAAAACACCCUCACCCACCCUCCCUUCUCUACGUCAAAAUCGAUCGACCGCAUGAGCCAGACAUUGAUCGACAAAGAGAGACCGACAUCGAUCGACCCCCCUCACCUCCCAUCGAUCGACUGAUACCUCUCACCCACCGAGUGCGAUUGCCAUCAAUUGAUAGUAACUGAAUCAACGCACUCAGACCACCACCUAAACCUUUAGCAAACCUACCAGAACCUACAACCAACCCUUCAGACACUACACCAGAGGCUAUGCAAGUUGAUGAGGCAACUGAGGGAAGAGUGUUAAGAAAAAGGAAGGAGAAAACUCCUAAGAACAUUAAGAGGGAAGCUAAUGAGAAGAACAUGAAUGGUUUCACUAAGAGAGUCCUCAGAAUCCUAGUGGAGAAACAAUUUGAUGAAGUUUAUUUCACACACCGGUUGUGGAUGUUCUUCAAGGAGACUAAGGAAACUAAGGAGGACAUUAGGAGAAUGUUUCAUCAUGUCAGGGAAAGGAUGAAACUAAGGAUCACAUUGAAGAAGAAGAGUGAUCCUGGGAAGUUUGUAAUACCAUUUCUGGUAAAGGGUAUUGAAUUUCCCUAUGCACUUUGUGACACAGGAGCAUCAGUCAGUAUCCUACCUAAGGUUAUGGCAAACCAGCUAGGUCUGAAAAUAGAGCCCUCAUCAGAAUCUUUCACCUUCGUGGAUCUUUCAGAAAGGAGCUCAGGAAGCAUCAUAAGAGACCUUGAGGUACAGAUUGGUAACACCCUUGUCCCAGUAGAUUUUCAAGUCCUGGACAUCAAGCUUAAUUAAAACUCUUCACUUCUGCUUGGAAGAGCUUUCCUAGCUACAGUUGGAGCUGUAUGUGACAUGAACACAAACAGAUUAUGUCAGACACAUAUAGAUCCAGGCGUCCACUAUGAUCUAGUUCGAGUUGUGAGACAACAGGUCAACCUCGUGGAGCUUGGAAUCUUGGCUACAUUGCAGCAUGUCAUUGUGGAGCAGAUUACGAAACCGAGUACUCAGAAUCGAUUGACACUCACACUGUCACAUCGAUCGAUUCCAAUGAGUCACCGACGACCGAUGAACGCUAUCCCACAUCGCUCGACGAGAUGCAACCGGUAGACCACUCCACAUUACCAGAUUAGUACUAUCCAGACUUUGCCUUUCAACAACCCAACAAGAACGGACGAGAUGACUAUUCCAUAGGCAGUUGGGCAGAUAGUGGAUUCCAUGAAAGUUUUGUAGUGGAGACUGUGAUUCUUUCAUCCAAAUAGGAUCCUACUGAGGAGUAUGAUGAGGAUUACUGGAAGGAAAGAGCUACAAAGAUUGCUAUGCAGGAUGAAAGAUAUUCAACCCAUUCCUUCAACAACACGCCUACACCAUCGAUCGACAUCAACUACUCAGCAUCGGUCGAUUCCCACCCUCAUCCAGCAAAACGAUCAUCUGCAUCGAUCGAUACCACGCCUGGUACAUCGAUCGAUAUUAAAGCCGCCGCCUCAGAAAAUGAAAAAGGGAAUAUUCCUAGUCUAAAUAGGUUUACCAACACCUAUAUAAGGAGUUUUGCACCCAGGAGUACUUCUCACAAAACAGAAGCAGAAAAGAUGAAUACUCCCACACACAAAUCGGAAGGAUCAUCCAUGAGAAGCAUUCGAUCUAGAAACCCUAAUUCAGCAGACAAACGUCUACCAUCGAUCGAUACCUCUGUAUCAACAUCGACUGAUACUCAUUCUAAACCUAAACUUUCUUUAUCUACUAAGAGUAUGAGUAAUGAUUAUGACUUUCUAUUGCCUGAUGAAUUUGGUAUUUUCAGGGACCAAGAUGGCCAUGCAAGAGCUAUGGAUGGAAGGAUUCUACAAGUAUCCAGAGAGGACAUAGCAGAUAUUGUUCAGUUGGCCAAUGGAGUAGACAACUUGUUUACGCAGCAACGCAGCAUCCCAGACAACAAUCCAACUGUUCUAGACGUAUAUCCAAAGGCUACAACAAUAGGAUUUGGUUCAUACCAAACGUGCAAACCUGUUAGCCAUGCAUCGAUCGACGAGGUUGCUUCUACAUCGCUUGAGAGGGUAACACCAACGUCGCUCGAUAAAGCACCUUCACCAUCGAUCGAUAGGCGUUAUGAAUGUGGACGUCGCGCUUAUGACUGCUAUGGAAUCAGAAAGUUCAGAUGGGAACAGAAGGACGAAUAUGGAGUCUACAGAGACGAGUCUGGACAUGCAAGGAGUGCAACUAGUGAUAUGAUUCCUGUUACCAAGGAUGACAUCAGGAAAAUUUUGGAGAGAGGAUCCCUAUUUGGAGAGGGUCAGAUAUGUCUUUCAGAACAUGCCACUACCUUCAUACCUACAACACUGGCACCAGAGAUCUACACCAAGGAUGAGAUCAAUGAGAUGGUGACUGGUAUUUGUGGAACUCAGAAAAACCUUGGAGAUGAACUGAAGACAUUGGUAGAUGACACUUAUCAGCCUUUGGAAAGAGGUUACAAUGAGCUUUUCAGAUGUAUGGCAGAGCUGAGGACAUAGAUUGAGAGUAUGCAGCACAACCUUGUGAAAGAAGCUACGACAUCAACAUCGAUCGACGCCAACAAAGGAACAUCGAUCGACACCAACAAAGGAACAUCGAUCGACGUCAAGCCACAUACAUCCCAGAUUCCUGCAGAACCGGAAAGUUUGGCAGAGAAGAAGGAUGAAUGGGAGAUCGCAUACAUCAACACGAGGAUUAACAACGUUUACAACCCUCUCAACAACAACGUGCACUGGUUGAGCACGAGAAUUGAUCUGAUACAGCAAGAACUAGACACCAUUCGCAUGAAUGACCCCCAACCAGCCACAUUGAUCGAUAUCUACAAUAUCACAUCGAUCGACGCAAGGUUCGCAACAAUAGAGGAUAGGUUGAAAUCGUAUGAGGAUAUGCACGACCGUUUCACCUCACCUAACAUGCGCUACUUGGACACCUUGUCUACACAGAUGAUGAAUGUUCAGAAGGACAUUGGUAAGCUCAAUGAUCAACACGAUUUUCAGGAAGAAGGUUUAACUCGAUCGAUAGGUUAGGCAUGACAUCGCUUGACGACAAGAAACCUACAGAACAUCUUCCCUACACAGCAGAGGCAGUUGAUCAGAUUACAUCAAAGCUUUACCAAGCUAUAGACACCUUGGAGGACCGACUUGAGAAGCGGUGUGAUGACAUCUAAUUUCCAUUCGAUGUCAAAAUCAGUGGACUAGAUAGCCAAGUAGAAUGGCUACAAAAGGAAGUCAAAGCCAUUCAAAGGCAAUUCACAUCUCAACACCAGAUAUCAGCAUCGAUUAACGGAGCACACUCCAAAUCGAUCGACAGUGCUACACCAGCAACGAUCGAUAGACACCUCGUCGCAUCGAACGAUACCACGUCCAUACCAGACGACGCGCAGCUGAUACCAAACCACAUGGAGUCAAUGCAGGAGCAACUAAACGAGCUAUCAGAAUACGCCUACAGCAAGAUAGGAUGGUAUCAGUUCAGCAUUGAAGACAUCCUAGAAAGGCUACAUAAUAUCUCAAAUGCAGUACAAAAGAUGGAUGAGAGAUGGACCAGAAAUGAUGAGGCCACAAUAAGUUUCAUUGCAGCUUGGUCCAGAAUGUGCAGAGAUGAGGUGGAUGCUUGUUUUCCAACAAUUAGCUGUUUUUCCACCAACUAGCCACAUACCUCCAAAGUUAAGCUAAAUGACUAUAACAAAGUGCUGAGUGGGAGGCAAUCCACUAUUAGGUAAUUUUAAUUUGUUUUCUUAGUUAUUGGUAUUUACUUUCGUUUUUAUUUUUUCAGAUUUAUUGCAGACCCAAGUAGGAUGGUUACCAACAUAUCGAUCGUGGACGAGAAGUCGACAUCGAUCGAUUCCCACUGCGGUCAGGUUUAUCUUCCUAACUUGUUACAUUUGUACUUAUGAUUUAUUUCCACCAUAACUCCGACUGUGUUACACUGGGACAGUGUAAUUUAAGUAUGGGGGGAGGUUUACUGAUAUGAUUUAUUCUGAUUCUAAUAAAAAGAUUUUUUAUAAAUUAUGCUUAGCUGUGUGAAAAGGACUAUGAUUUUAUUACUUGAAUGUCUAACCACUCUUUAGCACCAUUCUAGAUUUAGUGAUUGCAGUUAGUACUAAGAUGCUAAAGUGGAUCAACCUCUCAACUAUACACACUUGCCUUGAUUGUUUGAAGGAACAAAAGCUGACCUUCAAUACUAAACCUAACAUAACCGCUUGUCUUGGGGCUUGGUAUACAUGAGAUCGGAUUCUUCAGACAAGUCUGGAAGGUAAAGGCUUAUGUAGAUUUAUUUAUCACAAUUUUCUCUCUCUAUUUCGACCCUAGAGUACUUAGUAUUAGUAUUAGUUUUUAUUUAAAAAAAAUCCAAUAUUUAUUAUUUAAAUAGGACUUAGGGUUUAGUUAGGUGGAAUAUGAACAUGACUUGGUGGUUAAAACCAUUAAGGCUUGCUUCAUAAAGAUUCAAAAAAAAAGAAUUCGAAUGGGACUUGGAGGCGGCAAUCUUCAAGGCUCGCUUCACAAAGAAUUUUGGGAUAUAGGUCAAAAAAAAGUGAACAUGGCUUGGUGGCAACCACCAUCAAGACUUGAAUCAUGGAAGCCUGUCCAAUCUUGGUCACUGAUCCUGCAAUGGAAGGAGACUUUAGCUCAAGAGAGAAAUUAGAGAGAGAGAAAUUAGGAACUAACUUUUACCUGCAGUUCCAUAUACUUGUCUGAAAUCCUUGCAUCAUGUGAUCGAUACUUCCAAGGUAAAGCAUGCACUUUUAUAUUUAUUCUAAGAAAUGAGGUUAGUAGAGGGGAAUGUCAGAGAGGAUUUGAUAAGAUGUAGACUAGUUGAACUUGAUUGCUAAGUUAGGAUAUUGCAUAAUGUGCUUUUGUGAUUAGGACUUUAGAUGUGGUUUGCGAAAUUGUAGAGGUGAUGGUUUCUAUGUUUGAUAUCUACAAGUCCCUGCUGUUUUCAAACCUCUUUCAGAGAGACUGCUUGUUUGUUUUGCUUGAGGACAAGCAAAAGGGUUCAGAAGUAUCUUGGAGUAAAGUGAUGAUUAUGGAGCAUUUAGGAGCUUAAAUGAGUAUUCAUCUGAGCUGACCAUUAGAGGUUGAUACGAAACAAGAAACAAUCGAUCAAUGCACAUCCAUUGUCGUCGAUCGAUACAGAAGAGGAGCCUCGACGAUUGAAGAUUAAGAUCGAUCUACAUCCUGUACCAUCGCUCGAUGUCGAGACGCGGAAGCACGACUUGGUUCCAGUCGACUUUAAACCCAAGACUUCACCAAAUUACAAGAUUACACUUGACGAGUUUUUAACCUAAUAGAUAUAUACUUGCCAAAGUGUUAGGAGGCAAGAGAGCUUUAAGCCACCUUUGUAUUCUUAUUUUCAGCAGAGAGUUUUGGGAGAGAAGAUCAUAGAGAGAUUUGUGAUUGGAACUCCAUUAAUUCAUCUAUUCUAUUCUAUGCAGUUUUUAUUUACAUUUGGUGUCAUGAAUUGCUUAGCUAUGUCUGAGUAGUUUACUUGUUAGAUUCAUGGUUCAAAUAGGUUAAAGGGAUUAGCCCCAACUAUAGAUUGCUAAGUUGUGGUAUUCAUUGAUUGAUUGGUCUUAAUGCUUGUUCUAGAUUAGCUACCUAGAAUAUUGAAUCUAGGAAUCAGCAUGAGUCAAGCAUCCUUGACCAUCCAGUCUUGAACUUAAUCUGUCAUACUAGACAACUGGAAAAAGGCUACCGCUGAACUAGAAAGCUAGUGAGCAUUAUCAACUUACGCCUAAGGCUUAAAUAGAAACAUUGAUCGAUACUCUCUUCUGACAAUCGAUUGAUAUUUGUGAAAGGUGAAACAUUGCUAUCGCUGAUCACUGUGUCUAAGGGGUUGAGCUCUAAUAUAUCAUGCAUGCAACUGAUAGGCAUCUAUAGGAUUAUAAUCUCCAACACCUAAAUAUAAACCCUGCAUCUCAUACCUUUCCAAUAAGUUACACCCCCAAAUCAUCUUGUUAGUCGAGCAAUAGAGUUGCUCAAUUAGGAUUUGCUAUUUACUUUAAAACCAUAAAACAACAAACACUUAGAAUUAAUAAAUUACUAGAUUUAAUAGGUUCCCUAGCUCCUUGUGGAUUCGAUCCCUAAGUACUACAAUUGAACCUCUUAUUUGAGAGAGUAAUUCACCCCUUAGGGUAAUUUAAAUGGUAUCAAUGCGUGAGCUGAAGACUUGGAAAAUAAGAUCUCUACAUUCACUCAAAAGUCUACAUAGUCUUUCAGAGACUCAUGGAUUAGAUUCAACUCUUACCAUCGUGAUUUUCCUCAUCAUGGAUGUAACCAAAUACAACUACUAAGUACUUUCUUCAGUGGCAUCGAUUUGGUCUACAAGAUGGCUCUAGACAUAGUGAAGGGAACUUCAACACCAGAAACCCAUAAGAAGCAACCAUACUCAUAGAAAAUUUUGGUAUCUAGCAACAGUACCAAGAACACUGACCAUAAAAGGAGGAAAUCAGUUUCUAGCAUGGACAUGCAACAACUGGAUGAAGUUAAAGCAAAGCUGGAUGGAGUCCACAAACUUCUAAUGAAGCAAGUCAGUUUUGUAGAGGUAAAGUUGUAGCUCUAGGUGUAGUCAAUUGAUAUACCUUGGAUUUGACCCGUUUUCAUCCAUGGUAUAUAAGUGUUCUACUAUAUAUAUAUAUAUAUAUAUCUAUGUUUUCUACUCUUCUAGGUAUGUUUUCAGGUUCAUGUGCAUUUCGGAGUAAAACUAUGACUUUGGAGCAUUUUGGAGCUUAAAGGACAUUUCACCCGAGCUGACCACGUAGAGGUCGACGAGAGGAAGAACAAUCGAUCGAUGCACAUUUGUGCUGACGAUCGAUACCAGGAGAUGCCUCGACAGAUGAAGAUUAAUAUCGAUCGAUGUACAAAAGUACCAUCGAUCGAUGUCGAGACAUCAGACACGCGACAUUUUGGAUUCAACAGACUUAAAACCCAAGGCCAAGCCAAAUUACGAAAAUGCCCUGACGAGUUUUUAACCUAGUAGAUUAUAUACUGCAUAAGUGUUUUGCCGGCAGAGAGAGUUUUUCAGAGAGUUUUCUUCAGAGUUUUUCAGUUUCAGAGUUUGAGUUUACAAGUUUUGGAGAGAAGAUUGAUUGGAACUCCUUGUUACCAUUUCUUUUCAGCUAUACUAUGAGUUUCUAUUUCUUCAUUGUUAUGAAUUGCUUUGCUAUGUCUGAGUAGUUCAAUUAUUAGAUCCAGGGUUCAGAUAGGUUUGUGGGAUUAGCCCCAAACUAUAGAUCUGCCGUGUUGUGAUACUCAUGAUAGAUUUGUAUUCAUUGCUUGUUUUAGCCUUGCUAACUAAAAUUUGAUUAUAGGAUUGUAUAUUCAAGCACCCUUGUUAUCCCAUCCUGACAUCUAUCUAUCAUAUUAGGACUGCUAGAGAGGGCUAACCGCCAAUUUAGUAUCUUAAUAGGGCAUAUCAUACUCGCGUAUAGGUCUGGCUAGAACCCGUCGAUCGAUGUCCUCAACUGACUAUCGAUCGACGUUGGCAAAGGUGUAUCGGUCGACUUCCCAAUGUACCAUCGAUCGACACUCUCUCGUUGUCGACAUACUAACCGUUGAGAUACGAGAUCUAGCCUGUUAACCAGUGAAACAUGCGACAGCUGAUCACUGAGUUAAGCGAUUGAGCUCUAACAUAUCAUGCAUGCAACAAUUAGGCAUAUAUAGAUAUUAUAAUCUCCAACACCUGAAUAGUGGCCUUGCAUCUAAUAUCAUUUCCAACCAAGUUACGUUUACUAGUUACUUUGCUUGUUACUAUUGAUAUAUCAUUUAAACAAUUUACAACCCUUAGAAUUAAUAAACACUAGAUUUAAUUGUUCUCUAGCUCCUUGUGGAUUCGAUCCCUAAGUACUACAACUGAACCUCUUUUGAUGAGAGUAACACUCCUUAGGGUAAUUUGAGUGGUAUCAAAUUUGGUGCCGUUGUCGGGGAGCUUUGAUCGCCAUUAGAUUUAGUUUUAUUGAUUCUUAUUCUUUUCUCUACCCCCUUUCUAAUAAUCUUUUUCUUG